AUGGCUCAGCACCGUGAUGGUGAAAGACGAGAUGCUACAGAAGAGGAGGUCAAGGAGCUGCGGCAUGUUGUUGACUCAGUUUCAAUGGCUGUUUGGGUCGCACUCAUCGCUAAUGCCACCGAGAGAUUCACUUUCUAUGCUGUGACAACACCAUGGCAAAAUUACGUUCAGAAUCCAGCUGAUAGCGUCGCCGUCCCUGGUGCUUUGGGUCUAGGACAGGCGACAGCCACCAACAUCACAAGUGCAUUUCUCUUUUUAAGCUUCAUUUUGCCAACAGUUUGGGCUAUCAUCUCGGACACAUGGCUUGGGCGAUAUAAGACUUUGUGUCUGAGCUACUUCUUGAACUUUUGUGGAUGUUUGAUCAUCUUUGUUACCUCGCUCCCAGCCUUUGGCCAUUCCCAGAUCAUCAAGGUUGUGGGAUUGGCGUUUGCGAUGAUCAUACUCGGAAUUGGGACUGCGGGUGUAAAAGCUACUGCCUCCCCAUUCAUAGGUGAUCAAUACGCCGAAACUGCGCCUCACGUGUUCACCAACAAGAGAGGCGAGCGUGUCAUUGCAGACCGGGCGCUUACACUGCAGUAUAUUUACAAUGUGUCAUACUGGUUUACAAACAUAGCAAGCUUAUCACUUGUAGCAUCGACCUAUUUGGAAAAGCUUGUUGGGUUUUGGGCUGCUUAUCUCCUACCACUUUGCGCGACCUGGACCUUGGUACCGUUACUUCUUUUCUUUCACAAGUUGCUUGUCAAACAGAAACCUCAGGCGAACAUCCUUCCCCGUGCUUCCCGCGUUAUUGUGACUGCAGGAAGAAACAAGUUCAACUGGGAAGCUGCUACACCAGUUUACCAGUCGGAGAAGUUUGGCCGCAAGGUCGAAUGGGAUGACAAAUUCGUUUUUGAGAUUAAGCGAGGUCUUCAAGCUUGUAAGGUUAUGGCGUGUUUUGUACCAUUUCAUCUUUGUAUGAAUCAGAUCACAAACAACCUUGUCUCACAAGCUGGACAGAUGAGGCUCGGUGGCAUUCCCAACGACACCAUUCAAGCUCUAAACUCUAUCGCUUGCGUAUUACUUGGCCCUAUCAUGCAGAGAUAUGUUUAUCCCAUCGUUCGUGGUCGAGGCUUCGCUUUUGGCCCCAUCGCGCGCAUCACAUGGGCUUUCAUCAUGAUGAGCACAGCAAUGGCGUAUGCGGCUGGAGUUCAGAAACUCAUCUACACCAAGGGACCAUGUUAUGACAAACCCUUGCAGUGUGAAAAGUCGCCCAACGACGUGAGUGUCUGGAUUCAGUCGCCUGUGUACAUUCUUCUUGGAGUUGGUGAGAUUCUGGGCUUCACAACUCUGGCCGAGUACAGCUAUUCUGAGGCUCCGAGAAACAUGCGAAGUUUGGUACAGGCCAUGGCCCAACUAAGUUCAGGCGCUGGCUCUGCACUUGGAAUGGCAUUUUCACCAUUGUCGAAGGACCCGCAAAUUCUAUAUCUCUACACGGGCUUGUCUGUAACGAUGAUUACUACGGCACCUACAUUCUGGCUACUGUUCCGUGCUUAUGAUGAUAGAGUAUUUGAAGAUGCACAUUCCAGCGAUGAGGGGAGUAACCAGGCAGCAGAUCCAAUGGUCCCUGGUCCAUCUCAAGUUGCUCAGAUAGCAGAAAAGGGUGACGGCGUCAAGGCAUCUGCUUAA